AUGGACAAAACGGUCCUUCUCAUACUGGACGUCCAACGCGGCGUAAUCGACCGUCUGGAAAACACAGAGAGCUAUCUAACACGUCUAUCCUCAACCCUGGCUGCAGCCCGCAAAGCCAACAUCAAAGUUGUCCACGUGGUGACCGGCUUCCGCCCCGGCUACCCAGAAAACAACGCAAACAACACCUCCGUCCCAGCCGUCGCUGCACGCGGCGAAUACCAGCAAGGUAUGGAAUCAGUGGAAGUGCACCCAGCCGUGGCUCCCACCGACAACGAAGUGGUCAUCAUGAAACGCCGCAUCUCGGCUUUCUUCGCGACUGAACUCGAUAUGAUCCUGCGCUGCUUCCAGGCCCAGACUAUCGUUGUUGCUGGUUUGAUUACUAGUGGUGCUGUGCUCUCUACUGUGCGUCAGGCUAUGGAUUUGGAUUAUCGCGUAACUGUCAUUGAGGAUUUGUGCAUGGAUCGUGAUGAGGAGGUUCACCGUGUGCUCAUAGACAAGGUUUUUGCGCGCAAGACAGAAAUUGUUUCUGCCGUGAAUUGGAUUCUGGAGAUCGGGAACUAG